UUGAUUUAUUUUCGAUUCUUAUUCUUAUUUUUGUUUUCGGGUAUAGAGUAAAAUUCAUCAGCGAAAACAAUGAACGAAUUGGAAAAACUUCAAUAUCUGUCUCUUGUAUCGAAAGUUUGUACCGAGCUGGAAAAUCAUUUGGGUUUCAAUGAUAAAGAUAUGGCCGAAUUCAUUAUCGAUUUAGCCGAAGAGAAUUCUACUUUCGAUUCAUUCAAAUCUGCAUUGAUUGCCAAUCAAGCUCAAUUCACUGAUUCAUUCAUUGCCAAUCUUUUACGUAUCAUUCAACAUAUGCGACCAAAGAAAAAAUCAAAAGGCUUUAAUGAUAAUGAUGAUCAAAAUGAUGAUGUUGAUGACGAUGGAAAUGAUGGUCGAAAAAAAGAUGACAAACAAAUGAAACGUGCUCUUUAUCCAUGUUUGGCUUUGCCCGAUCAAGAACUUGAUCAAAAAUACGGAGAUGAAGUGGAAAAAGAAAAUCAUCAAGACAUGGACGACACGAUGAAAUUGUUGGAACAGUUGUCCGAAAAAAAUAAGCAAAACGAUGAUGAUGACAAUGAUAAACGGCAAAAAGAAAAAGACCGGGAUGAUAGUGAUAGAAAAAGAAGUUCUCGAAGAUCCGAUUCCAGAAAACGAGAUGAUCGAGACAGAGAUCGGCGAAGUCGAAGCCGAGAACGCCGGCAUCAACGUGAUUAUCGUCAUGAAUCAGAUGAUUAUGAAUCUGAAAAACAUCGAUCUCGAAACAAGCAUUCAGAAUCAAAAAGAAGAUCCGAUUACGAUCAUCAUCACCGUGAUGAUGAAGAUUCACGAUCGUCUAGUAGUAAACGAGCGAAAUAUGAAGAUCUGCCUGAGAUUCCAGCCUUAGGAAUGAUAUUAAACGGUCGUGUUACGAACAUUAUGCAGUUCGGCUGUUUUGUUCAGCUCGAAGGUCUUCGUAAACGACGAGAAGGCCUAGUUCACAUAUCACAAUUGCGACGUGAAGGUCGUGUUAAUGAUGUUAAUGAAGUUGUGAGUCGAGGACAACGUGUCAAAGUAAAAGUAUUGUCGUUCACUGGUCAACGAACUAGUCUUUCAAUGAAAGAAGUAGAUCAAGAAACGGGUAAAGAUCUAAAUCCAAACACUCAACAUACAUCUCGUGGUAAAGCUAACGAUGAUGAUGAUGAUUUGUCUGAAUUCAAAAAUCCGGAUAGACCUUCGAAUUUGCCACCAUUACCUGGCAGCAGUAUCAAAUCUACGACUGGAGAGGAUUCUGUUGAUGACUCGGAAACUCGUCGUCGUAUUAUACAACGAAUUAGUUCACCAGAAAAAUGGGAAUUGAAGCAAAUGGCCGCAGCAAAUGUCCUCGAUCGUUCUCAGCUGCCGGAUUUUGAUGAAAAAUUGGGCGUCCUGCCUAGAAUCGAUGAAGACGAUGAUGAAGAUAUUGAAAUCGAAUUAGUGGAAGAAGAGCCUGCAUUUCUUCGUGGACAUGGUCGAUCGCAUUUGACUGAUUUGAGUCCCGUAAGAAUAGUAAAAAAUCCCGACGGAUCACUAGCUCAAGCCGCAAUGAUGCAAUCUGCAUUAUCGAAAGAACGGCGUGAGUUAAAACAGCAACAACAACAGUCCGAAGUAAAUAAAAAUCGACCCGAAGAUUCGAAAGAUUGGUUCGAUCCAAUGCCGCAAAACGCUGCAAAGGAAACAAUUGGAGCUGGCUGGGGUAGUAGUGGUGGCGGUGGUACUGGUAACAGUGGAAUGCCAAACGAAAUGCCGGAAUGGAAACGAUAUAUAACAGGUGGUGCUAAAGCUUCGUAUGGCAAACGUACCGAAUUAAGCUUGAUGGAACAGCGGCAAAGUUUGCCAAUUUAUCAGUUCAAAGAUGAACUAAGCAAAGCGGUGGCUGAUAAUCAGAUAUUGAUCGUCAUCGGUGAGACUGGAUCUGGAAAGACCACUCAAAUAACACAGUAUUUGGCGGAAGCUGGUUACGUAACUCGUGGUAAAAUUGGCUGCACCCAACCACGUCGUGUUGCUGCAAUGUCGGUGGCUAAGCGUGUGGCCGAUGAAUUUGGUUGUCGAUUGGGAACGGAAGUUGGCUAUACGAUUCGUUUUGAAGACUGUACAAGUCCCGAAACAGUUAUCAAAUACAUGACCGACGGUAUGUUACUUCGUGAAUGUCUUCUCGAUGCCGAUCUACGUGGUUAUUCUGUGCUCAUGUUGGAUGAAGCUCAUGAACGUACUAUCCAUACAGACGUUUUGUUUGGCCUGUUGAAAAAAGCGGUAAAGAAACGACCCGAUCUCAAACUGAUUGUUACAUCGGCCACAUUAGAUGCGGUCAAAUUUUCUCAAUACUUUUUCGAGGCUCCUAUAUUCACUAUUCCUGGCCGAACAUUUCCGGUGGAAAUAUUGUACACGAAAGAACCGGAAACUGAUUAUAUGGAUGCUUCCCUAUUGACUGUGAUGCAAAUUCAUUUGACUGAACCACCGGGUGAUAUUCUUCUCUUUCUCACUGGUCAAGAGGAGAUUGACACUGCUUGUGAAGUGCUUUAUGAACGUAUGAAAUGUCUUGGUCCAGAUGUGCCUGAGUUGCUCAUCCUGCCGGUUUAUUCGGCACUUCCUUCCGAAAUGCAAACCAGAAUAUUUGAACCUACACCUCCUGGAUCACGAAAAGUGGUGAUUGCAACAAAUAUUGCCGAAACUUCACUGACAAUCGAUGGCAUCUACUAUGUGGUCGACCCGGGUUUUGUCAAACAAAACGUUUACAAUCCGAAAACCGGUAUGGAUUCAUUGGUGGUAACGCCUAUUUCACAAGCACAAGCCAAACAACGAGCUGGUCGCGCUGGACGAACUGGUCCAGGUAAAUGCUUCCGGUUAUACACCGAAAGAGCGUAUCGUGAUGAAAUGCUUACCACUCCAGUUCCUGAAAUUCAACGAACGAAUCUAUCGGAAACAGUUUUGCAGCUAAAAGCUAUGGGUAUCAACGAUUUAAUCAAUUUUGAUUUCAUGGAUGCUCCACCAGCCGAAGCUUUAUUGAUGGCAUUAGAACAACUGCAUUCGUUAGGUGCAUUAGACGAUGAAGGACUGCUCACACGGUUAGGUCGACGUAUGGCUGAAUUUCCGCUAGAACCUCGUCUCUGUAAAGUGCUGCUGCAAUCGGUUCAAUUGGGAUGUUCAGAAGAAGCAUUGACCGUCGUUUCCAUGUUGUCCGUGCAGAAUGUUUUCUAUCGGCCUAAGGACAAACAAGCGUUGGCCGAUUCAAAAAAGGCCAAAUUUAAUCAACCGGAAGGCGACCAUCUAACAUUGUUGGCCGUAUAUAAUGCUUGGAAAAAUAACAAACUGUCUACUGCUUGGUGUUAUGAGAAUUUUGUUCAGGUUCGUACAUUGAAACGAACACAGGAUGUACGUAAACAAUUGCUGGGUAUCAUGGAUCGCCAUCGAUUAGAUGUCAUAUCGUGUGGCCAGAAUACAGCCAAAUUGCAAAAGGCCAUUUGUUCCGGUUUCUUUCGAAAUGCAUCGAAAAAAGAUCCUCAGGAAGGCUAUCGAACAUUGGUCGAUGGCCAAGUAGUCUAUAUUCAUCCAUCAUCAGCACUGUUUCAUCAACAACCAGAAUGGGUCAUUUACCAUGAGAUCGUGUUGACCACCAAAGAAUAUAUGCGUGAAGUGACUACCAUCGAUCCAAGGUGGUUGGUGGAUUUUGCACCGACAUUCUUUCGAUUCUCUGAUCCAGCUAAGCUCUCCAAACACAAAAAACAACUUCGACUCGAACCAUUGUAUAACAAAUAUGAAGAACCAAAUGCAUGGCGUAUUUCUCGUGUUCGCAAACGUCGAAAUUAAUUCAUUCAUUAAUUGUAUUCCAUCAUUUUUGUAAUUAUUAUCAUUGUUUUGAAAUUUAAAUUGAAUUUAAAUCUAAAAAUAAAAAGCAC